CAAAAUCCCCCAGUCCUCUGCGCCGUUCCUGCCGCUGUGCCGCUUCACGCUUGGCUUCCUCCGCGCUGCCUGUACCCUCGAUCGCUGCCGCCGCCGCAUCUCUUCGUCGCUGCCGAUGGAUGCCUUCGGUCUCUGAUAUUUCAGGAAUUUUGGCACUGUAGGAAUCCAGGCUUUGGAAAAUCGUUACUGUUAAAUUCUUCAACGAAGUGAGAGUUCUAUACCAAUUACGUCCUUGAGAUAUUGAAAAGGCUCAAACUUCAAAAUGAGUGUACUGGUACUUAAUUUGGCGAGACUACAAAUCAAGUUUACAUUAUAUGCUUUCGCCAGCUUCCAACGUUCACUUUGCUAACUCCAAAACCUUCCUUCAAUACUGUCAUCCAGCUCCUUAUUAGUCGAUGAUGAAGGAUCUGACAUUCCCUUCAUCAAUCUAUAAUAUCUUUGCCUGCUGAGUUCAAGUGAAUUGAAAAUUGAAAUUUAUCUUAUCAUAGGUUGCUUUUAAAGUGUUCCCAAAAUCUUUCUUUGAAUACUCAACAACAUACAUACCCUAAAUUGCCAAAACCCAUCAGUUUUGAUAAGUGUCCUGUUAUCUUGAUUGUGGAUACAAUGGUGGACUUUCAGAGCUCUACCCAUCGUUCAAGGUGGAUUUUUUCACUUGAAGAGCUGUUUGAAAAGCAUAAGAAUGCAAACCAAAGGGCCUCAAAGCUGCUUGAACAGUUUGGCAUCACACGGCUGGAAGUUCAUGUUGAUGGGUCUGUCUCCUACCCUGAACCUAUAUUUGACCAAAAAGAUAAUGCCGAGAGGUCCAUUCCCGAGCCUCUUAAUUGUGAAGAGGAGCAGCAUAUGCGGAUCUUCUAUGAGCAAAAAAUUCAAGAAGUGUGUCGAGCAUUUAAGUUUCCCCAUAAGAUUCAGGCAACAGCAAUUAUCUACUUCAAAAGAUUUUGUUUGCAGUGGUCUGUCAUGGAGCAUCACCCGAAACGUAUAAUGUUAACUUGCAUAUACGCUUCAUGUAAAGUGGAAGAAAAUCAUGUAUCUGCUGAGGAGCUUGGGAAGGGAAUUCAGUUUGAUCAUCAGAUUAUCCUCAAUAAUGAAAUGGCUGUUUAUCAGAGUCUUGGCUUUGAUUUAAUUGUUUACUCGCCCUACCGGUCAAUUGAAGGUUUCCUUGAGGGCAUGCAGGAUUUUUUACAUGCAAGAGAUGACCAAAAGAAGUUUCAGGACUUGCUACAAACUUCAUAUUCAGAGGUAGAUAGGAUGAUGUUGACCGAUGGACCACUUCUCUUUGCUCCCGCGCAGUUAGCACUGGCUGCCUUGCGCAGAGCAAAUGAGGUGCAUAGAUUCCUUGAUUUUGAAAGAUACUUGAAUUUCAUAGUGUCUCGCCAGCGGUCUACCCACUCGGCUUCUCAGCUUCUUGAAACUUUGAAUUCAAUCGAUAUAUUGGUUGCUCAACUUAACAUACUGACAGCAGACGAAAUGAAGGAUAUCGAUCGAAAACUGAAGAGCUGUUGGGAUCCAAUCACAGAAGACAAUAAGAAGCGAAAAAAAAGAUCAAAACACAAGUCGAAAAGAACUGCAAGUGAGAUGCAAGGGCUACUGGCAUGAACAAGUCCUGCUAAACCGGCAAAGGUUCGCAACAGAUUGGAAAGUGAUCAUUGUGGAUGCAAGGUUCACACCCUAACCAAGUUCUAUCUAUUUCGGCACUGGUAUGGUCGAUCAAUGCGAUUCUCAAUUCGACAUUUCAUUGUAUUUUUGUUGAGACGGACCAUUCUAUAUUUGUGGGUACUCUAUAUUAAUAUAACAUGAGUUGCUUUUAUUGCGAAACACAUUAUUUUAUAUCCUUGUGUAAAAAAUAAAAAAAUGCAUCUUUAUAAUAUUAUUUUUAAGUUCAA